AGUGUGUCAUUAUUUUUUUAUAUUCACUUCCACACCGGUCCAUCUCUGCUGGCCUGGCCACCUGCAUACCCCAGAGGCUUAUCUUUUUCCUCUAUCAGAUUCUUAAUUUUCUCACCAAAAUUUCUGUCUUUCUAACUUCCUUAGUUGAAAGUUGGAAACCCAUUUCUCUUCUGGUCUUUUAUUUGACUCUGUUUUCAAGACUGACUCACUUCUCUCUCACCCAUUUCCAUUACAUCACGAGUUUUUUUUGGGCAUAGCAGGUAAAGACAAGCACCAACAGUGUUUUUUGUGGAAAAGCUUUGGAUCCCUUGUCCACUCUUUGAUAAUCAGCACCAACUACGUCUGUCUCUGAGUUGUCUUUCAGAUUUUGUCAAAAUGCAGGCUGUUUGAGAACUCUGUUGAAAUGGGUUGGUGUUAGUUUUCUGUGAUCUUUUGCCCCAAAAAGUGAAUGAAGAUUCUGCUGAUUUACGCGUUUUCUGGUGGGUAAUUUAUUUUGGGGUCUUCAGAAAUUGUUACCAUUGGCGGUUUUUAUGUGAAAGAGGAUUUGGGUUUUGCAUGUUUUGCUUAGUGAGAGAGGAAAAAAAAAAAAGAGGUACUUUGGUUUGGACAUUGUUGUUGGGUCGGUCCCUGACACCUUGGCGAAGAUUUAGGGUUUUCCGUUGAAACCCCAGCAUCCUAAUUCUUACAAAGAUCAGGUUUUCAACUCCUUGGAGAAAUGAAAUAUUUAAGAAAAGAUUCUUCCCAAGUCUUUGAGAGCUUCUUUUACAAGGAUUCCAAAUUCCAAAAGGGAGAUAAAGGUAUUCUGAGGCUGAGGCUACUGAGGGGUUUGCAACGGUUGAAACCUUCAAAGCCGCUUUAAAACAAUCUCAGCCACCCCAACCGAGAAUAUAUUUUGUCUUUAUACUCUUCCACUACCCGUUGUUUUUCAUUUAUUAUAUACAGACGGGACUCCAAGUAUAUGAGAUUUACAAGGCUGAGCUGAGACCAAUGAUUUUCAAGCUUAUUUCCAAAGAUUUCCAUAUUUCAGUUAUUAUUCUUUGGAUCUGAACUAUUAAAAGUAAAUAUACAUUUUGGUGUUGACUAUCUGGAUACACUCUGGGGGAUUUUACCAGGUCAAAUUUUCAGUGGCAUUGAGUUGAAUUUUGUUAAAUAUUCCAAAGCAGCAUCGAUGGGGCUUCUUCUUCGAAGUCUCUCGAUGCUUAUUCUUCUGGUGUGGUUCUUCCGGCUGCCGGUACUUAGGGCUCAAUCUAUUACUGCCCCUUCAGCAACUUCCGCCCAUGCUCUGGAUGUGCUGCUCCAAGACUAUGCUUACAGAGCUUUUGAUCGUCAUCCAAAGACCGGCAUUCCCUUUGAUGGGAAGGUUCCCCCAAAUUUGACUGGGAUCAAGAUUUCAGCAAUGAGGCUCAGGAGUGGUAGCUUAUACAGAAAAGGUGUUCAAAUGUACAAAGAGUUUGUGAUUCCCAUGGGCGUUGGUGAGAAGCCGUAUGUGGAGAGACUUGUUUUGGUCUACCAGAACUUGGGCAAUUGGUCUAUGAGGUAUUACACAGUGCCUGGUUACACACACUUAACUCCAGUGUUGGGUCUUCUUGCUUAUAAUGCAUCAAAUCUGUUUGCUACAAAUUUACCAGAGUUGAAUAUUACGGCAACCAGAGAUCCCAUAUCGAUUAAAUUUCCAGAAGUGCAGUCAGCCCCAAAUGGGGCUGUUGCUAAGUGUGCUUGGUUUGACUUAGAAGGUCUGGUCAAUAUCAGUAAUCUGGCAUCAGUUAAUACGUGUUCAACGAUUCAACAAGGGCAUUUCUCUAUUGUGGUUGAGUCUAUUGCUCCUUCUCCAGCGCCAAUUUCUCCUACACCAAGUGGACCACCAGUUGUUGAAGAAAAGAAGAAGAGUUCAAAAGUUGGGAUAAUUGUGGGAUCUGUGCUGGGUGGACUAGCGUUGUUGGCGUUAUUGGCAUUCCUGGUUCUGUGGGCACAGAAGUACAAGAACAGGAAGAAAAUGCAACAGAUGGAGAGGGCUGCAGAUGUAGGAGAAGCUCUGCAUAUGACCAUGGUUGGGAAUACAAAAGCUCCCGCUGCAACGGUGACAAGAACACAACCAGUCCUCGAAAGUGAAUAUGCGCCCUGAAUCCCACAGUUUGUACAAGCUUCCACCGUCAUCGAACUACCAUUCAUAUUCAAGUUCAUUUCCUGUAUUCAGAAAUUCUUCCAGUCACACCUUUUUUUCUCUUCUUUUUUCGGUGGUGUCUUUUCGCCUCUUUGUUUCUUUGUAGGCUGUUUGUUUUAGUGUGGUAAUAUAGGAUUUUUGUGUAAUCAGUUUCACUCACAAAGUCGUCCAUAGUUUUAUGAUUCAUUGUGGUGUGUAGCCCCAAAGUGAUUUUAUAUGUGAUGAAUUUAGUUGUCCCAUUGACAAGGAAUAAAAAAAAUUUGGAUUCCUUUC